AUGAUGAACCUUUCGCAGCAGCGGCAGCGGCAGCAGCAACAACAACAACAAUCGCAGCACUCCAUGACCAGAGCACGGAAGGAGCAUGCAGUGUUGAAGAAAGAUGUUAUCGGCACCUCGUGUACAGCCCACUAUCACUGUAUUUCGAUUCCUUUGGACACCAGCCAGCAGCGGCAGCAGCAGCAGCGGGACGCGGCCGCAACAAACAUUGCCGCCACGACGAACCACCCCGCCAGUAGGCCCACGCGAUGGAACCUGCCUCCCGCUGCCGGCAGCAGCACGCUCGCUCCGCACAAUCCGCCGUUGCUGCUGCUGCCGUCGCCGCCGCCGGUGAUCGGUGAUGUUCGCCGGAGCAGCGCUCUGCCAGCUGCCACUAGUCAAUCGUCAUCAUCGUACCGAUCGCCAGCAUCAUCUCUAUCAUCAGCAUCAUCGACAGCAUCGUCGUCAACGCCAUCCGCAAUGUCGUCCGCAUCGCAACCGUGCCGGACAAUGGCAGCCAGCGCAGAGACCGGCAAGGGCCAAAAGAGCAGUUUCCGGUUUCGCCGCAGGAAAAUGUCCCUCCUGUGGCUGCUACUAAUGAUAUGUGCCUUCACCGGGGACAGUGGAGGAGGAGGAGGAGGAGGAUUACUCCGGUUUGCCAGUGCGGAGCACGUGCGCGAACUGGAAGUAUCCGAAGGGGUUCCGAUUGGGCAUCAGAUUGGCUUUAUCGGGGAGUUUCUGCAUGGGGUUGACAGUGGACCACCGUAUUUGAUUGUACCCGUUCCGGGUAGUGCCGUUGAUUCGGAACUGGCAAUCGAUCACACAACCGGCGAAAUCCGAACCAAGGUUCCGCUGGACAGGGAAAAACGGUCCUCGUACUCGCUGGUGGCGAUUCCUCUGAGUGGGGAAAACGUUCGCGUUGUGAUACGAGUGCUGGACGAGAAUGACAAUGCACCCACCUUUCCGACGGCACUGAUGAACAUUGAGUUCCCGGAGAAUACACCACGGGAUGUGAAACGGACAUUGAACCCGGCGCGAGACUUAGAUCUUGGCCGGUAUAAUACUCAGCGGUAUAAUAUUGUGUCGGGUAAUGUGAAUAACGCCUUUCGGUUAUCAUCGCACCGGGAGCGCGAUGGAGUGCUUUAUUUGGAUUUGCAGAUCAACGGAUUCCUCGAUCGGGAGACCACUCCGGCGUAUAGCCUCGUUGUAGAGGCACUGGAUGGUGGUAAUCCGCCGAUGCGAGGACAAAUGACGGUUAAUAUUACGAUCCAGGAUGUGAACGAUAAUCAACCGAUUUUCAACCAGAGUCGAUACUUUGCGACCGUUCCGGAGAAUGCCACCAUCGGAACGACGGUUCUGCAGGUCUACGCAACCGACCAGGACGCUGGUGAAAACGGUCAGGUGGAAUAUGCCAUCAACCGAAGACAGUCGGACAAGGAUCAAAUGUUUCGAAUAGAUCCGAACACCGGUUUGAUCUCGGUCAACAAGCCGCUAGAUUUCGAAACCAAGGAACUGCACGAACUGGUGGUAGUGGCCAAGGAUCGCGGAUUGCAGCCGCUAGAAACGACGGCUUUUGUGUCGAUACGAGUGACGGAUGUGAACGACAAUCAGCCGAUAAUAAAUGUGAUAUUUUUGAGUGAUGACGCGACACCGAAGAUUUCGGAAUCGGCUCAACCGGGUGAAUUUGUGGCACGGAUUUCAGUGAAUGAUCCCGACUCGAAGACGGAAUAUUCCAACGUGAAUGUGACUCUUUCCGGUGGGGAGGGACACUUCGGCUUAACGACGCGCGAUAAUAUAAUCUAUCUAGUGAUCGUGUCGCUUCCGCUGGAUCGGGAAAUCAAACCGAACUACACGCUUAGUGUGGUGGCCACGGAUACCGGUAAUCCUCCGCUGCAUGCAGCGAAAACCAUCUUUCUCACUGUGACCGAUAUUAACGAUAACGCGCCGGAAUUCGAGAAAGAAAUUUACCACGCGAACGUGAUGGAGGUGGCCGAUCCGGGAACGUCGGUCAUUCAGGUGACCGCUCUCGACAGGGAUGAGGGUAACAACUCGGCGGUUGCGUACUCCCUGCUGGACACGCCGGACACCCAUUCGCAGUGGUUCCAGAUCGACGGCAAUUCGGGUCUGAUAACGACCCGAGCGCACAUCGACUGCGAAACCGAUCCGGUGCCGCAGCUGAUCGUGGUAGCGAAAGAUAAUGGCUACCCGCCGCUCUCGUCCACCGGCACCGUUCUGGUUACCAUCCACGACGUCAACGACAAUGAACCGAUCUUCGAUCAGAGCUUCUACAACGUGUCGGUGGCGGAGAACGAACCGAAAGGGCGCUGCAUUCUAAAGGGUUUGCGUUACCUGACGACCACCAAACCACCACCACUUUACCACUUUACGACAAACGCGUACUCCAAGAUGCUACGCACCAACGCGCAAUACAACGUUUUGAGUGCGUAA